AUGGAUAAAGAAAAAGUUAAAAUUACAAAUUCAACCCAAUUUGAGAAAUUGGUAGAAGAAAUGGAAAAAAAUACUGCACUUGCAAAAGGAUUUCGGAGGGGUACUGUUCCCAAUAAUUUUAAAGAGCUGUGGGAGAGUAUUUCAACGGUGCUAAAUGCCUUUGGACCACCGAGAAGAUCUGGUGAUGGGUGGCAAAAAGUUUGGCGGGACUUAAAAUUUAAAGUCAAAAGAAAAUUGACUAAGAAUAAAGCCGAGUGUACAACAACUGGAGGUGGAAUUUUUACGCAGCUUACACUCUCCCCAUUGGAUGAAACUGUUGCGAAUCUGGUACAGUUUCAAAGGCAAAUAAACCCUAGGGGUGCUUUUCAGGGGGUCCAGUGUGAAGGCCAAAAUAGUCCACGGGAGCUUCAACAAAUAAUGGAAGAAAAUGUUGACACUAUUGAUUUGGAUUUGUCAAAUGUGCAAAAAUCUCCAGAAAAUGUACGUCGCCAAUUGGCACCUGCAACAACAUCUGUUCUGAAUGAAAACUCUACACCUUUACAAAGAAGUCAAAGUUAUUCCACAAAACCACUAUUAAAACGCAGUCUAAGAGAUGCAAAUAAGUUCCACAAAGAACUUUUGCACAUUGAAGAGAAAAAAUUAAAAUUAGCUGAAGAAAAAUCCGAAAGAGAAAAAGAGAUGCAUGAAACUGAAUUGAAGAUAAAACGAAUUAAAUUAUGCACCAAGGAAAAGGAGCUUCAGAUACUUAACAGCCAAAUUCAGCAAUAG